CAAAACAUGAUGAAGAAAUUUAUGGACGAGUAGAAAAAAAACAAACACUAUCUGGAGCAAAAAUUAAUCCUUAUACCUUUGAUAUAAAACAAGUUGAAGGAUUUAGAUAUCGUGUAGAAGAUGCAUUGAGAGCAGUAACAAAAAUUAUGAUUAAAGAAGCUCGACUCAAAGAUAUUAAAUCUGAAAUAUUAAAAUCCGAAAAAUUAAAGGCACAUUUUGAAGAUAACCCGAACGAUUUAAAGGUUCUUCGUCAUGACACUGUAUUUCAUCAUUCACGAGUUCAACAACAUAUGAAACACAUUCCACCAUAUCUUAUGCCCAAAAUUGCACCACCACCAACAUCAUCAUCUGUUACUGAUUCAGAGCAUACAGAUUCUAAAGUCUCGGGAAAUAUUCCUUUUCAAAAAUCAUUUCAACAAUCUAAAAAGUCAAAAAAAAAAACCAAAUAUAUUCCUAAGAAACGAAAAAAUGAUCCAUUAAAGACUUUUAGCAUAGGAAAAUCAUCUAUUGUUAAUAAUAAAAACAAAAAACAGGAUGUAAUUAUUAAGGAAGAUGAUA